AUGGGCGGCGGGACUUCCCUUUGGGCCGCUCCUGAGUGGAGGACGGACCCCCGAGAUAUCUUCAACCGCCAGUUGAUCCUUGUCACCGUGGCGAUAGCGUUUGCGGGCUCCAGUUAUGGCUUUGACACGGGCAACAUCGGCGGCGUGCUAAAGCUGCCGGCGUUCAAGCAUGCGUUUGGGCUGGAUCUUCUUUCACAGGAAGAGUGCGACAAGCGUGUUGGCAACAUUGCGGCCAUGGUGGCAGCGGGAGGGGCCGGCGGGGCGUUGCUUGGCGCGCCAAUGUCGGACUAUCUUGGCCGCAAGCACGCCGCGCUUGCCUCGGCAGCCGUCUUCCUGCUUGGCUGCUCGCUGCAGGAGGUGGCGCAACUUGGCGUGUUCUACGCUGGGCGCCUCCUCAGCGGACUGGCCAUUGGGGCCACGUCGAUGCUCGCACCCCAGUAUCUCGCCGAGGUGUCGCCUAGAUCGGUCCGGGGCUCCCUGACGACGAGCUACAACCUCAUGAUCGUAACGUCGCUUGCGCUGGCCUUUUGGGUCAACUACGGCGUCAGCAUCUGGGCGCACGACCCCAACGACAACACGGCCUGGCGCCUGGCCCUGGGAAUCCAGCUGGUCCCUGGCGCGCUGCUCUUCGUCCUGACGCCGUUCGUGCUCGAGAGUCCGCGCGCGCUGAUAUCAAGAGGGAUGCGAGAGCAGGGCAUAGCGACGCUCGCGAGGUUGCGCGGCCUACCGGAAGACCACCCCUACGUGGCGCGCGAGGCCAUGGAGAUAUGCGCCCAGGUGGAUUCGGAGCAGGAGCAGGCCGCGGGCAGAGGCUACCUGGUGGUGCUGCGCGACAUGGCGGCCAACGCGAGCAACCGGCGGCGCCUGUUCCUGGCGGUCACGCUGUUCCUGUUCCACAAGUUCACGGGCACAGACAGCCUCAACUACUUUGCGCCCGACAUCUUCGCCAUGAUCGGGGUGCCCGCGGGGUCGUCGAGCCUGCUGACCACGGGCGUGUACGGGCUGGUCAAGAUGGCGACGACGGUGGUGUACGUGACGGUCAUUGUGGACCGGGUCGGCCGGCGGCUGCCGCUCAUGGUGGGAGCGACGAUGCAGGCGACGGCCAUGCUGUACCUGGCGCUCUACGUCCGCUUCGUCGAGGGCGGCGCUACCAGCCACCAGGGUGGGGGCACGCCCGCGGGCGGCAUCGUCGGGAUUAUCUGGAUUUACGUAUACGCCUUCGGGUGGUCGUUCGGACAUUCCGUGGCCCCGUACGUGGUCGCGGCUGAAAUAUUUCCGCCGCGAAUCCGAUCCGUGUGCAUGGGCAUGUGCCUGUUUGUCAACUGGAUCGUCGACUACGGCAUCACGCUAGCAACGCCCACCAUGAUGACGCGUCUGGGAUACGGCACGUUCCUGCUGUACGCGAUGCUGACCUACAUUGGUGUAGUGUUUGUGUACUUCUGCCUGCCUGAGCUCAAGGGUCGCAGCAUGGAGUCCAUGGACGACCUCUUCCAGCGUAGCAUCUGGACCAUGUGGCGGCACGCCUACCCAACCGAGGAGGAAAAGGCCCGGCACGACGUCCAAGACAUGCUCCAGCACGUCGAGGGCCGGCUUAUGCGGGCUGUCGGCGAUCCUUGGUGCCUCAAACGGGCAAACCGACCUACCGUCUCCUGUCUGCCAAAACUGUAA